UUUAUACAAUUAAAAUUUUAUGUAGAAUGUUCGAAAAAAUAGCAAAAAUAUUUCACUGCGACAAAUUGCUGUAACAACCGGGUUGAUCUGUAUCAUAUCCAAUAUGAACUGCAGGUUGCACAAUUGUUACAGUAGCAACGUUAUAUUUCAAAGCACACUACAUGGUCGUAUAUCACUAUAAUUAUUGACUUUGGGACCGACUUGUGAUGAUUUUUUCGAUGGGACCGACUUGCGAUCAUUUUCACGAUGGGACAAAUUUACUUGAGGUUUUUUUCAAUGUUCAUCAGAACAAAGUACUCAAAAUUUUUUUUUUCUUCUUAAACCACCGCUAAUUUUAAGGUGAUUCCACGGAUAAACUCAAAAAUGAUGAAAAUGCAAAUGGGACGGACUUGCUAUGAGCGGCAGUGUACAGCUGCGUGACAUGUCACCGCCCGGAUUCAGCGCAGAGCAUGGUCGCUUGUGACGAGUGUUCGCAAUGGCAACAUUAUGGAUGCGCCGGUGUUACGGCUGCCAUAGCCGAUCGAAGCUGGCUCUGCUGCAGAUGCGUAGCUAGUCACAACGCAGUUAAUUCGACUCAAACCGGCAACAUAAACUCGCCCGAAGCACACACAACGUUUGCUUCAGCUCGCGCCGCUGAACGUCAUGAUAAUACCACCGGUCCAAUAAGUGGGAGACAGGACGAUCCAAAUUUCGGAAGACUUCAAUCCUCGUCUCAUUCGAAUGCCGGAUCAGUCGUCUCAGUCAAUGCUAUUUCUCAUCUGCGUCUAAGGCAUCUGAAAGAGCAAAAGGACUUGGAGGAUCAACAAGCGAAACGGGAUCGCGAGUUUCUUGCUAGAAAGCAGCAGCUGGAAGCAGAAAUAGCUUUGGAAGAGCUCAAUGAAGGAUGUGAUCGUAGCGUAGGAGGAAAAAGUCAUCGAAGUAUCGCCGGUUGGGUGGAACAACAAUGCGGAUUCGUGCAUACUUCUACCCCAGUCCAGCAGAAACCCGAGACAGUGGCUCCAAGUGCGAACCCACAUCCCGCCAUCCAACAGCAAGAGGAGCGGCAAAGAAUACAAGCUGUUAUUCAAUCAGGUCAACAGAUUCAACCAAGCACUGCGCCAAAACAAGCAGAGAUUCCAGUGAGAAAUCCUCCCCCAGCUAUAGUACCGGGCCCAAGGAGCAAUUAUCUUGAUUCGAAUCCAUGUUUUCCGCCAGUGGCUCAGAAUCCAGUUCCACCUGUACCAGUGAAUCCGCUAAUAUUGCCACCGCUGAACUCGUCACAGUUCCCUGGAUUUCCAGUGAUGAAUUACCCCUACGGGGCGAUGUAUUUUCCGAAUAUUCCUGACAUGCCGUCAUCUGGUGCUGAUUAUCAGUUUGCGCACCCUCAGGGAGGAGUCUUUAUCAACAACCCAGUCAGGCAUCCGAACUUUGGUUUGAAUGUACAGCCGUGUGCUUGGCAAGCAUCCGAGCAGCACCCGCCUACAGUUCCACCAACAGUGUCAGCAGAUUUGGGUAAAGGAUUUCCUCAUGCUACAGGUCGCAUGAUUACGCCACAGCAACUGGCGGCGCGUCAAGUUGUCUCUAGAGACCUCCCCAAGUUUUCCGGGGACCCACUCGAGUGGCCCAUGUUCUUGAGUGCAUUUGAAUCGACAACGGCCAUGUGUGGCAUACAACCCGACGAGAACCUUGCUAGGCUACAGAAAAGUCUUGUUGGUAGCGCUCGCGAAAAGGUUCAGAAUAUUCUAACGCUGCCGGAUGCAAUCCCGGAAAUUAUCGACAUCCUACGAGCCGAGUGUGGAAGGCCAGACCAAAUUGUAUACUGUCUGCUAUCCAAGAUCCGGAAAACCGCUCAGCCGUCUGUGACGAAAUUGGAGACGCUUGUGACGUUCGGCAGAGAGGUACGCAACAUGGUGACGUACAUGCAGUCAGCGAAACUGAACACCCAUUUGGACAAUCCACUCUUGCUGGCAGAGCUUGUUGCUAAGCUUCCACCCGACUUGCAGCUACAAUGGGGUAUGAAGUUAGCAGCUCUUCCGGAACCAUCGCUUGGUGAUUUCUGUGCGUUUGUGUCGGCUUAUCGAACAGCGGCAUGCAAGGUGAAAUUGACGUCGGAUGUUGGUCUGAAUGAAAAAGCCACAAAAGGUGUUGUGAGAAAGGAGAAGCCAGUUUAUUUGAACGCACAUUCCGCCUCCGUGUCCUCAGCGCCUGGACCACCGGCUUCGAAAGUUACUCCGGUGCUAAAGCCGUGCCUGAUGUGCAAAAGUACAACGCACAGAGUCCGAACUUGUAAGCAGUUCGAAACGUUGCCGCUCGAAGAGAAGCUGAGGUUCAUCAGUGAAACGGAUAUGUGUAAGCGUUGUCUGGCGCCGCAUGGAAGGUGGCCUUGCCGAAACAAGCAGCCUUGCGGGAUCAAUGGAUGCCCUGAGCCCCACCAUAAACUGCUACAUCCAGGAAGUUGUUCGACUCUCAAGAGUCAAGGAUCGGAAUCUUCGGUAUCGGUAACUGCCCAUCAUCAACACCAGCAAGGCACCACUUUCUUCAAAAUACUUCCCGUGACUCUUCACGCGAACGGGAAGUCGGUGUCCACAUUUGCUUUUCUGGAUGACGGAUCCGACCUGACGCUGGUCGAAGACGAACUUAUCGACGAACUGGGCUUGGUGGGCGAAAGAAUUCCGCUUUGCUUGCAGUGGACUAGUAACGUCACGAGAAGUGAAAGUAACUCUCGUAAGGUCGAGAUAGGUAUCUCGGGUGCUUCGAACAAUCGCAUCCAUCAGCUAGCGAACGUAAGAACCGUUGAGAGCUUGGAAUUACCGAAGCAGAGCCUGGAUUAUGAGAGUCUCUCGAACCAAUUCCCCCAUCUGAGUGGACUUCCCAUCAGCAGCUACCGGACGGCCGUGCCACGAAUUCUUAUCGGUGUCGAUAAUGCCCAGCUCAACUUAGCUUUGAAGAAGAGGGAAAGAUCCGGAGGAGAACCUGUUGCUGCUAAAUUUCGCCUCGGAUGGGCAAUAUUCGGUGGAAGACGAGCACCUGAGACGAUAGGUAGUGCUUUUGUUCACGUCUGCGAGUGCUCCAAUAGCCGCGAGCUCCAUGAAAUGGUCCAGCAGUAUUUUGAAUUCGAAAACCUGGCGAUAUCCGGAUUGAAUCUGCCCGAAUCCGAUGAAGAUCGACGGGCCAGAAGAUUGCUCGAAGAGACGACAGUUCGUACACCAUCCGGAAAGUUCCAAACUGGAUUGCUUUGGAAAAGCGAUGAGCCGGUUUUUCCGAACAACUUUAGCAUGGCAGUACGUCGACACGGUUGUUUUGAAAGGCGCUUGCUGAAAGAUCCCGAACUGAAAACUAAUAUUGACAAGCAAAUCGACGAUUAUCUGCAGAAGGGGUACGUUCACAAAGCGACGUCAGACGAGCUCCGCAACAGUGACGACAGAAAGAUUUGGUACCUGCCAAUCAGCGCAGUGCGACAUCCACGCAAGCCAACGAAGGUGCGUGUAGUCUGGGAUGCUGCGGCAACGUAUGGAGGAACCUCUCUGAACUCCCAGCUUUUGAAAGGGCCGGAUUUGGUGAAGCCGCUUCUAUCUGUCCUCUGCCGAUUCCGACAGAAACAGUAUGCCAUCGCUGGGGACAUAAGGCAAAUGUUCCACCAGUUGAUUAUUCGUCCGGAAGAUAGGAACGCACAACGAUUUUUGUAUCGGGAAAAUCCAGAAGCUGCGCUCGACGUGUACAUAAUGGACGUCGCAACGUUCGGGGCAACAUGCUCCCCGUGUUCAGCACAGUUUGCUAAGAAUAAAAACGCCCAGGAACAUAAAGAUCGUUAUCCGGAAGCUGCUGAAGCAAUCGUUGACAACACAUAUGUUGACGAUUUUCUUGCGAGCUGUGAUACCAUUGAAGAGGCAACGAAACUGGCUUUGGAAGUGAGUUUGGUCAACCGAUCGGCUGGUUUUGAGAUACCUAGUUGGCAGUCGAAUUCCGAACACCUCCUGAAACGGGUUGGGGUGACUACUGGAGAUGAGAUGAAGAGCUUUGCCAUCGAGAAGACGACAAAAACCGAAAGAGUCCUCGGUAUGAUGUGGGUACCGAGUGAAGAUGUGUUUGUAUUUUCGGCGGAUUUCCGAACAGAUCUACUCCCGUUGCUGUCUGGGGAAACGCGACCAACAAAGCGGCAAGUGUUGCAGGUGGUCAUGAGCCUUUUUGACCCGCUCGGAAUUGUGGCCUGCUACACCAUACACGGGAAAAUUCUCAUCCAGUCCAUCUGGCGUUCGGGAAUUCUGUGGGAUGAUCCUAUCUGCGACGACGACUUUGAUAUGUGGCAGCGCUGGAUCAAACUGACACCGAAGUUGGAAAAUGUAAGAGUGCCACGUUGUUAUUUCCCCAACUACACUACCGGCAGCUACAAUUCACUUCAGCUGCAUGUGUUCGUGGACGCCAGUGAGCUGGCCUACUGUGCUGCGGCCUAUUUUAGAAUCGUUGACGGAGAUACUCCCCGCUGCGCUCUGGUGGCAGCUAAGGCCAAAGUUACACCUUUAAGACCACAAUCCAUACCUCGAAACGAGCUGGGCGCUGCAGUGAUUGGUUCUCGGUUGCUGAAGUCUGUAGAAGAAAGUCACUCACUGCAAAUUACCGAAAAGUUCCUGUGGACCGAUUCUUCGACUGUUAUGGCCUGGCUCCGUGCGGAUCCACGAAAAUAUCGCCAAUUUGUCGGUUUUAGAAUAGCAGAAAUUUUGACGAAUACUUCGGUGGAAGACUGGCAGUGGGUUCCUUCCCGUGACAACAUAGCCGACCAAGGAACCAAAUGGGGUAAUGGUCCCAACUUCGAUCCAGAUGGUUUGUGGUACAAAGGACCCGAAUUCUUGUACCGACCAACAGAAGAAUGGCCGAAACAAAAACCCUGCUUGGAGUCACCCAAAGACGAAUUACGGUCGGUAAACGUUCAUCGUCAGUCUGACGAUGAUUUUGUAGUCAACAUGGAAAGUUUCUCGCGGUGGGAUGGGCUACUCAACCGAGUUGCUUAUAUGUAUCAUUUCGUGCACCGCUUCAAGCGCUUCAAACGGGAACCGGUGGAAUCUAGUGAAUCCUGUGGUGAUCUGAAUCGUGAUGAUUAUGUGUCGGCGGAAGCAGCCAUUUGGCGGGCUGUGCAGCGACAGGUGUUUGCGGAAGAAAUUCAAGCGCUUAGAAGCAGUUCUGAGCUUUCAUCGAAGCAGUGGAAGCGUAUCGGCAAGGGAAGUGUCCUAGCGAAGCUAUCACCGGUGAUCGAUGAGUCCGGUGUUCUCCGGAUGGCGAGCAGAAUCGACCCUCAAGCGGCUUAUUAUUCGUUCGACUUUCGAAAUCCUGUGAUAAUACCAAGAGAUCAUCAUGUCACCACUCUUUUGAUCCUGCGAUUUCACCAAAAGUACGGCCAUGCCAAUACCGAGACUGUACUGAACGAGCUCAAGCAACGUUACUACAUCCCCCGGAUGAGAGCCAGUGUGAAGAAGGCGAUUAAAAGCUGCAUGUGGUGUCGUGUUUAUCUGGCUAGACCACAGGCUCCAAAAAUGGCCCCACUCCCCCAGCCCAGGGUUAAACCCUAUGUACGACCGUUCACCUUCACAGGGCUGGACUACUUCGGACCACUGCUGGUCAAACGAGGACGUAGCGACGAAAAAAGGUGGGUCGCGCUUUUCACCUGCCUCUCGGUGAGGGCGUUGCACCUAGAAGUGGUGCAUUCUUUAUCGGCAGAAUCCUGCAGGAUGGCAAUUCGGCGGUUUGUCGCUAAGCAUGGUCCUCCUCAAGAGAUAUUCAGCGACAAUGGGACGAACUUCCGCGGGGCAGCCCGAGAGUUGGAAGAAGAAACUAAUGCAAUCAAUAAGGAGUUAGCGAGCUACUUUACCAACAGCCAUACACAAUGGCACUUCAACCCCCCUUCUGCCCCCCAUAUGGGCGGGGUUUGGGAGAGGAAAGUCCGGUCCGUGAAGGAGGCGUUCAAGACUCUCUCGCACCAUCAAAGGCUAGACGAUGAAGGACUGCGAACAUUGCUCUCGGAAGCAGAAUUGAUAGUCAACUCCCAUCCGCUGACGUUCGUGCCGCUGGAGGAUCCCAACGAAGAAGUGCUGACUCCAAAUCAUUUCCUUUGGCUAAGUUCCGGCGAGGACAGCAAACCACCAAGGGUACCAAUCGACGAUGUUACACCUCUUCGACCAAACUGGAAGGUUAUUCAACACUUAACAAACCAGUUUUGGAAACGCUGGGUGCAAGCUUACCUACCUACUAUAGCCUGCAGGACGAAAUGGUUCGCGGAAACGCGGCCGCUGAAGGUCGGCGAUCUAGUGGCCAUCGUAGACGAGUCCGUGCGCAACGGAUGGCUCCGAGGUAAGGUGGUGAGGACUUAUCCAGGACGAGACGGACAAGUUCACAAGGUCGACGUGGAGACUUGCGACGGAUCUACUUUUCAAAGACCAGCGGUAAAGGUUGCUCUGUUGGACGUGCAGGAGGAGAGUAAAGUCGAUUGACUACGACGUUACGGGUUGGGGUGUUAGUAGAACUGGCAACCUUGGUACGGGAUCGGACAAACGUCAACGCGUUGGCGCCGAAAAGGAAUUGUCAUUGUUAGAAAAUUGAUCGAAACUGCGACACGUUUUGUCUUGACCUGGCAGUUAGUUAGUUUUUAGUGAAUAGUUUUUAGAGAAAACCGUAUGUAUUGAUUACUAGUUGUUCCGAUCAUUCUUUAAUGUAUUUUGUUAUAGUAGGUGGAAUCUAUUUGGCUAGUUGCGCGUGAUUUGAGUGCUCGCGGGUUUGUGAGUCGGAAGAGGUUAGGUGAUAGAAAUUCCUUACUGCGCAAUUUGCCACUAAAAUAUUGUAUUUCCUUUGAUAGUUUGAGUGACCGUUCGGUUGUUCCGGUUAGGUGUACCGGGUUGAGCUCAAUUAGAGCGGUAGGAAAGAAAAAGCUCGAGUUCGUUCGCAUACAACGUACUACGGAACAGUUUUUAUUUCCCACAAAGACAUUAACGAUAUAGAAGUUGAUAAAAUAGGCGAAAAACGAGGUGUCCAUUGUGGAAACACGAGGUUUCGAUUGUAGAAACGCCAUUUGCUUUUUUUUUGGUAAGCUCAUCAAGUGCUUUGUUGAAGUGAGCUGGAACCGCCAUUUUGCUUUGGCUAGCUAUAACCGGAGAGGAUUUUAUCCAGCAGUUCUGCGGAGAAGUUUUUUUUUUAUGGCUGGAGCGCCUGGAUCAUAUAACUAAAUUUGGAAGCUCUAAGUGCGAAACACUCACGACCCGACUCAUCUGAGUGCUUAUUCCCCACAUCUGACCCACAUUGAGUGUUAGUGGUGAAAUUCGGAUAACGCUAUAGGGUGAAGGCACCGGUACUGGGCGGUGUUUGCUGACUGAGACGAAAAGGAUUCAGGUUGAGCUGCUGAAAAUUGUUUGGUGUUGAGCGGUUUAAUUUUGCUUUUGUCCGUGGAGGCUAGUCAACUUUUUCGUCAGGCAAUAUUUUGUCUAGCGUUAUGGCACUCUCAACGACAACCGAACCUUUUAUUCCCGGAUCUAUUUCGUUUAGCCAAUAUGUGGAACAACUCGAAUGGUUGUUCAUUCAUAAUAAUUACGCAGAGGCGAAGUAUAAAACUUCUUUUCUCGCAGUCUGCGGAACAGAAGUUUAUUCUAGAGUGAAGUCUCUUUUUCCGGGAAGAGAUAUUAAAGCUUUGACGUAUAAAGAAAUUAUUGAUGAAUUACAAAAGUAUUAUGAUAAAACAGACUCUGAGUUAUUAGUUAGCAGUGAAUUUUGGACAAGACGGCAAAGAUCAGACGAAAAAGCGAUCGAUUUUAUUCUUUCAAUCAAGCAAGCGGCCGAAGAUUGCAAUUUCGGUGCGAUGAAAGAUCGUUUUAUUCGUGACAUGCUAGUAAUUGGAGCUUAUGAUAAGCAACUGCAAAGUAGAAUGUUUAGCGAGGAGAAUUUAACUUCAAGUAAAGCCGAAAAGAUGUUAAUUAGUAAUGAACAAACAAUUGAAAAGAUGCGUAAGUUGAAUAAUGAUGAAAACAGAUUGAGUGUAGUUCAAACGCGCAACUACACUUUUCGCCGACGAGACUUUCGGCCGACGAGAGGAUAAAUUUCAAAUGAGAAGAAAUUUUAGAAGUCGUAGCAGGAGUAAUAGCAGAGAUCGGGUUGUUCGUUUUGAUACCAGGAAUAGAUACCACAGAAAUAAACCUGUUUUUGAAUGUUCCUUUUGUAAUAAAAAAGGACAUACCCGUGAAUAUUGCUAUCGUCUUAACCGUCGUAGCCCAA